UAAAUUUUUGAUUUCAGAGUAGGCCUGUAUCACUGUCAAUUGUUGUGCUAACAUAAUAAUUUUAGGGAUCAUUUUCUUAAAUUAAAUUAUAAAUCAUGUCAGAUUUUGAUUCAUUAUCAUCUGUUUCAAGCGAUAAGGAAUUGCAGGAUUUUUUGAUGAUAGAAAAACAGAAGGCUCAAGUAAAUGCACAGAUACAUGAGUUCAAUGACAUCUGUUGGGAAAAAUGCAUUGGCAAACCAGGAUCGAAACUCGACAGUUCGACGGAAACAUGUCUAAGCAAUUGCGUUGAUCGGUUCAUCGAUACAUCGUUGCUAGUCACGCAACGAUUUGCACAACUCUUGCAAAAACGUUCAGGUGCAUUGUAAAUAACAGACGCAAACGCUUCUAACUUUGUCGGAAAGUUAGAUAUACCAGAAACCAAAUUACUACUCUGUACCGUAUGUAUAUAAUAAAUGAAGACACUCCGGAAGAUUUGUUACUUUUAUUCAAAAAGUAACAACCAUAGCAAACUUAAACUGACUAGCUAGCUAAAAACUAGUACGGUUAUACUAAUGAACACAUGUGACCAAUGUGGAAAUACAUCUUGGCUUUUAGCUAAUUGAAGUAGGUGAUUUUUAUUUUGAAAUAUGUUUUGUUAUCAUUUAAUUUUACAAUAAAAAUUACACUGUAAUUCUAAGCCUGA